AUGAGACAAAUUGUUCCAAAGCAUGCAAAGAUUUGUGAUGACACCAAAGAAAUUGUUCGUAGCUGCGUUUGUGAGUUCAUAGGAAUAGUUACCUACGAAGCAAAUGGGCAUUGUGACACCGAGCAACGUAGGACUCUUGCUGCUGAGGACAUCAUAUGGGCCAUGUCGAGCCUUGGUUUCGACAACUACGCCGAGCUUCUCAAGGCUCAUCUUAGCCAUGUGCGCUAUAUUGGCGCUGAGGCACACUACACUGAUGCUCCUCAACGCCCUGACGAGAAUGUUGCUCCACCACCAACCCCUACACGUGGGGGUGUUGGUGGACCAACAUCCUUUGUGUGUAGGAGUGAGUAUGACCCAAGGGAGACUGGGAAGGUUUGUGGUGGGUUCAGGUUGGGUGGUGGGGCUUGGUCAACUAGUGGUGACAAUGUUGGAGGGAGUGAGUUUGAUCCUCUUGCUUACCUCAAUCGUGACAAGUUCCUUUGA